AUGUCGGAGGGGUGCUGUCUUGCUCCACUCUUCUCGGCUCUGCUGCCGUUACAGCGGCUUGUCGCUUUGCCGGUCCCGAGCGCACUAAAAACCUGGGAGAAGGAGGAGGCCCUUGACGAAGCCGGGCGAGUGCGGAAGUGGAGCUCUGCGUUGUCGGAGUGCCCUGAGAGCCUUGUAAGCCUCUGCAAGGAUCAGCCGGGGUUGUUCAAGGAGUUGGUAGAAGCAGGUGUUCCUUCCGACCUGCGUUGGGAGGUUUGGAAGGCAGCUUUGGGAGGUCUCCGCUGCGGCCAAGGCGGCCAAUACCAAGAGCUUCUGCAAAGGCACAGCGGCUGGGAGCCUCUCAUCGAGAAGGACUCAGCUAGGACCUUCCUAGUGCUGUCCGUUGACGACAUGGGCAUGCAUGCGCACUGCCUGCAGAAUAUUUGCAAAGCCUACGCGAACCUGAACCCCGAAAUUGGAUAUUGUCAGGGCAUGAACUUCAUCGUCGGCUUGUUGCUGUUGGUCUCGGAUGGCGCAGAGGAGGAGACAUUUUGGGUGUUCGCGGCUCUGAUGCACGAUCUGGAGCUUUCUGGGCUUUAUGCGGGAGGAUUCCCGCUGCUGAGACGGUACAUGGAUGGAUUCGGUCAGCUUAUAGCGGCUGUCCUUCCUCGACAUUCACUCCGAUUGCAAGCCGAGGACAUCCACCUCGAAGAGUUCUUGCAGUCUUGGUACUUGUCUCUCUUUGUCACAUGCUUGCCGAAGGCAGCCGUCGUCGAGGUUUGGGAUGAAAUCAUCUGCCUGAGUGGUCUACCCUCACUGGUCCCCCUCUCUGUGGCGCUCCUUGAGUGUGUUCCGAUCGACUCCCAGAUGCGUGUGAAGCUCAAGUCUCUGAAUGAAGUCGUCGCAAGUAAAGCUUGCGCCAUCGCACAGUUCCUGCGCAGGAGCUUGACUGUGGGAACGCUCGAAUUGUCAACCCGAGAUGCUGAAGUCUCACGGAUGCAGGCCUCCCCCGAAGCCCCUCAGAGUAUUUGGGAUGUAAGUAAGCAUUCCACUGCGUUAGCCGUCAUGAGAGGCGCUGCCGGGAGAUGA